CGAGCCCCCUCUGCGUCAGUCGUUCGCGAAGUCUCGCAGGCGGUGGAUCGUGUUUCGGAAAGUCGGUCGCUAUUUUCAUGUGUUGUCGCCCUUUUUCUCCCUUACCUUCGUGAAAAAUUAUAAAACGACGAGAAAAACGGUGCGCCUCGGGGGCGCUGCCGUAAGUGUACAGUGCCGAAUUUCAGCACGGUGAUAGGCUAGCUCCCGGUUCUUCCCUACACGGUCAAUAAUGAGGGACAUGGCGGGCAAGAUCGCCGAGUUGAAGUUCGAGGCACCCCUCGCACGUUUCGAGGAAGAAGACACGGCAAGCUUGAAGAAUAUGAAUCUAUUGACAGAACAAUUAUUAGACAGCAGCCUGAACAGCAGCUACGGGGAGAAUUGCAACGCGAACGAGCCACCGACGACCCAUGAAAAUGGCACCGAUAUUCUACAGGAGGGGACGUUCAGCCCUUUCAGCGGCAGCCUCGAGGAUCUCGUUAACACCUUCGACGAAAAGAUAACAUCCUGUUUUCGCGAUUACGGCACCGACGUCGAGUCCCUGGCACCUGUGCAAGUGCGGACACAGGAGGAGAUCAUGAACGAGUGCCAAAUGUGGUGGACGAUUACUGGCACGUUUGGUAACAUAUUACCAAUAGAUUGGAGCAAGUCUUAUGCUAGGAAAAUGCACAUGCCUGCAUUAAAUUUGAACGAGGCGCCGGUCCCACACGAAAGACCUGAACUAGAGGAUUUAAGUAGCGAAGACGAGGCUGUUGCAACUGAUUUGGACAUGCAUGCUUUGAUCUUAUCCAGUAGCACUGAUACACACAGUCCAGAGGAACCACUAAAAACUGCUGAGGAAGUUCUCCGUGAAAUAGAUGAUAUAAUGCAGGAAAGUCCUUCGAUGGAAAGAUCACCGGACUCUGAUGGAUCUUUGUUAGACAGCGAUGAAGCACUGGAAAGAAGCAGAGAAGUUUUAGGCUCACCACUUCAUGAGAAAAAAUUAAAGCAACUUACCUCCAGUCAACUAACUGAAUUGCUUGGAGAAAUGGAAUCCUUAGUGGGAGCUUUGAGCGAAACUCUAAUCGCAGAGCUUGCGUUACGUGACGAAUUAGAGUAUGAAAAAGAACUAAAAAAUCAAUUUAUUUCUUUGCUGUUAGCAGUGCAAAACCGACGAAGGCAGCAUCACGUUACAAAAAAGAGAAAUCAAAUGCAAAAUGGUACUAGCCCUUUACCACAACAUAGGUCCCUUCAAGAGUCUAAGUAUUUGACUACUGUAAUUCCGUAUCAUACAGACAGUGGUCCACCAGACAAUCAGGCUUUACAGGUCCUUAUAAAAAUAUUAAAAGCAAUUAGCGAAGAUAGCCCAACUGUACCUACUUUGUUAACAGAUUACAUACUCAAAGUUCUAUGUCCUACUUAGUGAGUAUAUCGUAAAUUUGACAAGGAGAUCGAUAAAAAUCA